CCGCUGCACUUGUGAACGGGCUUCGAGCGAGUUAAAACCGAAUAAUAAAUGCGGACCGCGAUCGAGGAGCACAGUGAACAACUCUACAAGCAGGCUGCCAGCGCGCAAACGAUGCGGAUAUCAAAAGUGCAACUUUAUUGACCGGUUGACGUUGCGACUAUAUUGCAACUGCCGAUUGCAACACCUAUUUACCACAAAUGCGCUGGGCUGCAAAGUUGUACAAAAGAAUCAAGAGAAGAUACCUGCUGUGCGUGUGGGAAAAUGUAAACAAACGAGCUAAAUAAAUAGUAAAUCAGCUAAAAAACCACUGAGGAAAUAUCGAAAAAGCGCAGCUUUGUUGUUGUGCCGGCUGAAAUAACUGUCCCUGUGUGCGUGUGUGUGUGUGCGUCUCGUAGUCGCGUGUGUGUGUGAGUGAGCAGACAACAAAAGAGCCCCUUCGCCUAGUUACCGUUACUUGCACUGCCAAAACAGCAAAAACAAAAACCAAGAGGAAAUAAAUAAUAACAGUGGUCCUGCCAAAAAUAAAAGUCAAUUACGAAGAAUCGGAGGAAUCGACUCGCAUCGAGCAACAAAAAUGGCCUUGAUAAGACUGGCAAGACAACUGGGCCUGAUCGAUACUAUCUACGUGGAAGGAGGUCGCCCAGAUCAUCGAGCUAAUGACCCCGAGGAUUCGUUCAACGAAGCCGAAAUCACAGAGUCCACAGUACCCUUAAAAACCAAAAAGAACAAGUCCAAGCAAUUGGCCAUGCAGCCCUACACAUACGUAAUUGCAGUGGAUUUUGAGGCAACUUGCUGGGAGAAACAGGCUCCACCACAAUGGCGAGAGGCGGAGAUCAUUGAAUUCCCAGCCGUGCUGGUUAACCUAAAGACGGGCAAGAUCGAGGCCGAGUUCCACAAGUACAUCCUGCCCAUCGAGUCGCCGCGCCUGAGUAGCUACUGCACAGAGCUGACGGGCAUCCAGCAGAAGACCGUGGACAGUGGAGUGCCGCUCCAGACGGCGCUGAUGAUGUUCCACGAGUGGCUGCGCAAGGAGCUGCGCGCCCGCAAUCUCACCUUGCCGAAGAUGAACAAGUCAAACUUGCUGGGCAACUGCGCCUUCGUCACCUGGACCGACUGGGACUUUGGCAUGUGCCUGGCGAAGGAGUGCUCCCGCAAGCGUAUGCGCAAGGCGGCCUACUUCAACCAGUGGAUUGACGUGCGGGCCGUCUAUAGGGAGUGGUACAAGUACCGACCGUGCAACUUCACCGAUGCGCUGACCCACGUAGGACUGGCCUUCGAGGGCAGGGCCCACUCGGGAAUAGACGACGCCAAGAACCUGGGCGCCCUCAUGUGCAAGAUGGUGCGCGACGGAGCGCUCUUCUCGAUCACCAAAGAUCUGACGCCAUAUCAGCAGCUCAAUCCCAACUGCGUGUUGUGAGCUCCAGCGGCCAGCAAUCCCUCCAAACGAAACGCAGAAUAUCCAUUUAGUGUUUAGUGGACUUCGUUUAAUUAAUGAUACUAAACGCAAGGAGAAAGAUGAUUGCUACUAAGAUGUGUAAACUGAAAUCUAUUGAGAAAUUGCAUGAAAUUGUAAAUUGUUUUUUUUCUUCCCCUAAAAUUUGUCCUGAUUUUCUUGUAACGGCAAUUGAUAAGACUUGAACUAUUCGAAGCAUCGCAGCGAUCAUGCAUACAUAUAAAUAUAUAAAUAGCUAUACAAAUGGUCUUAGAGCAUACAUAUUUUUCUACCACUCAUACUUACUUGAUAAUGUUUAGUUGUAGUCUAUACUACGGAUUGCAAUACUUAUUUUAACGACUUACACCGCCUACCAUUUAGGAGAUAAAUUAAUAAAACGACAAUGGCUACAUGUUGUCUA